GAGAAAUAAUAUCUUAGAAUCUCUCGGAAUACAAUGGCAUAUCAUUCUUAGAUUUUAAACAUCUAGAUAACCGAUAGAUGACAAGUAAUCUAAACCCCCGGCAUUAUCCCAGAACUCUCCGUUCUGCAAGCGGAGACAUUCACACCUGAGCCGAUAGAACCGCAGGAACGUCACUUCUAUAAAUCACUAUGGGCCACAACCCUAAGCGCCGCUGUGUCACUUGAUGCUACCAUAAAGUGAUAUCAGAGAGCAGUGAUUCAUUGAAGCAAAUUUCGUCUCCUUUGAUACGCUAUGUAAGACCAAACUGAAGCAAACACUGCGCGCGUUUGAUAAGAAGUACAACCUCCAAGUGAAGCGCCAACAUUCCAACCACUUCAACCCUUACUGAUGCCCCUGAAGCCAUGGCGGAAUCAAUGCUGAUAGAAUGUCCGUUUCAACUGAAUUGCGACUACAAGACGACCAGCGAAUAUCAGAUCAUGGUAAGGCCUCCCCUCUCACGUGCUCCAGUCCGACUAACCUCAUAUCAGUUACACAUGGAAACUCUGCACUCAGAAGAUGGACGAUCUCCAUUUAUGGUGACAGACGAUGCGAGUAUUGCCGCUAUAGCAGCUAUGGACGAUGAACCGCAGUAUUCGAUAUGUCCGGUUGAAGGCUGCGGCGAACAAGUCCUCUGGAUGGAGUUUGAUAACCACAUAGAUUUUCAUACCGCGGAACAAGAGCAAGAAUCCAGUUCAGCCGAUGAAUCAAGUCUAGCACAUAAGAAGGUUAAGCUUGGUCCCAAGUCUGAGCCUAUCUUUGAUAAUAAUAUCCCUCAUGCCCUCCGAGCCGCAAAAGAUGAUGGAGGUCCAUCCUCUUCCAAUGGGCCACAGCCAUCUCGUCGAGAAAUCGCAAAAGAAGCCUGGAAAGCACUUUUAAGAAUGCCGCCUGAACAAAAAACAGCUCUUUCCUCCGCUAAUGGUCCCUCCAAGGAUUCUAGACGGAGACUGGGGGUAAGUGGAUCGUCCCUCUUUGAUUCCAUGCAUCAUGAGGUAUUAAGAGUAGUUAAGAAAUCGGAGUUAGGUCCGCAUGCCAAUGAAAAACAAAUGCCCUCCUGGCUUGUAGAUUUACUGGAACGAAAGGAUGGCGAGACUACGACAAUGAAUCGACUGGAUGAUCGGGGAAAGAUCAUUAAAGUUAGAGUCUGUCCGAAUCGAUCCGAGGAGAUUCUACCUGUUUUGCACCAGCUGUUGACCCAAGAUGAGAACGUGGACUAUGCGUAUCUGUGUCAUCCAGUUGUUAAACAUGUUUCCAGCUUAAAACGUGAAGGUAGGGACUUGUUAUUAUUUGUACGAAUGACGUCUGACAUCCUCAGGUGGCUUCUGUGGCUAUCGAAAUAUUCAGACGAUGAGCUCGUACAUUGUGGGUGUCAACUCACAAGGUCAUGAGGCUCUCAAAAGCAGAAUCCCCACAAUCUUCGAGAUUCAAGACCAUAUCGAGACUGCUUGGGAUCUGGGCAUCAACUCUCGAGGACGUAUCGAAACAGGCGGUAUUCGUGGAACCCGAAAAUACAUCGGAACCCCUGAAGUAAGCCUGAACGUCUUUUCUAAAUACGUCCACGUUCUAACUAAGUUUUAGGCCGAAGCAAUGUUCUCGAAGCUUGGUGUAGCGUAAGCAGAUCUCCCUCCCAUUGGCACCCACAUCUAAUUCUCCAAGCUGUGACACAACAGCAAUCAAAGCCUCCAAACCCCGACGCGACAAACGAGAUUCCCAUCCCGAGCCAGCAUACACGCCCUCUUAUCAACUUCUCUUCCAACACGUCGAGAGAUAUUUCAACUCCGGCUGCACAAACUACGAUCCAAAAAUCAGAUGUACCUUAUUACCACCCAUCUACUUCCAGCAUCCAGGUCAGUCUCCCUUCCUCCUUCAUUUUCCUAAUAUCUCCUUUCCAUGGCUAGGUAACAUAUUCACUCAACCAGGCCACUCCCUAACCAUAAUCGGUCUCGAAAAACUCUCCGACGGCACCAAAAACCUCAUCGUCUUCGACCCCAUGUAUCGUGACCCCCCCUCGGUAACCAAACACGUAGGCCGAUCACAGUUCACACACAAAAGCCCCGAGGAUGCGCUCAAAUUGUAUCGAAGAGGAAAGAGGUAUCUGAGCAAGUAUAAUGAGUUUGAGACUUUGACGUAUGUUCCCUCACCUCACCUCUUGGGGCGCUGGUUUGCUAAUGAGAUAGACUCUGUCCACCCGUCGGACAGAAAGGCGAUGUUGAGAAACCUGGUGGUGGCAUGUAUGAUGAUGGGGAUUAUGAGGAUGGGUAUGGGGAGUAGAGCAGCAGUUGGGGGUAUUAUGUUGUGUGAUGAGAGUCAGUUGGGGGAUCAGGGGUACAUCUUGACCUCCAGAUGUUUGUAUCUCUCUUUGCAAGCUUUCUUCCACCAGUACUCGUACUAGGGACCUGGGAUUUGGACUUACAUCUCAUUGCUUGGCAAUUAGGGCUUGAAGAGAAAUUAACUUGCUACUUGUAAUACAUAGCGCUUCGGGCAUUUUUUGGUGUUUUAUGGGCUUUUGCUAUUAAUACAUUUGACACUUGAUCGCUG